AGACUAUGAGGCGGUUGUCCCACGUCUCUUCAGCUUGCAGUUGCCGGGGCGCUAGUAAGCUGAGGAACGGCGUGUCUGCCUGCGGACGUGAGCUUGCCUUGUGCAUUUAAACGCCCCGUCAUCCUCGACCACUUUGACGAUCGUCAAACCUGCCUGCUCGCCGUCUCCGUCGCCAGGAGCUUCCCGGCAGUGGUUGCCCGCCUGUUACCAGGAACAGCUUACCUCCUCGGCCACACCGGCUCGAAGUUCCGAGCCAUUGAUGUGACGUUCUUUAGAUACACGUUCGGCUUUGAGUCACUGCACUUCGGGACCAAGGAAAAGCAAAGUGCGAGGCGAACGCUUGGGAACAAGCCUCGAUCGCCACACCCAAAGCGUCCCGCGCCCUUUUGUGCUACAACACAGAAGCCUAUUCUCUAUUCCAACUUUUCGUUCGUAACUUCAAUCCGUAGAAGUGCAGUUUCGCAGACAUGGACAGAGAAGAAAUCGAGCAGUCUCGCGGAGAACAGAAGCAAGAAGUAGAGCUUGCGCAGCAUACUCCUGACACGGCCACCAUGGGGAGUGAGGGAACGGCAGCGGAGACUUCUGGCGCGUCUGAGUCGAAAAGUAAAGGCAAGUGCCUUCGGAAGCGCAAGCUAAAAACCAAAGGGCCAGGGAAGAAAUCAAAGGCAAAGGCAGACAGCUCGGAUGAAUCCUCGAACGAUGAUGACGAUUCUGAUACAGUUUCGUCGGAAUCAGAGUCCAGCGAUGACGAGAGCUCAGAUGACGACCGGAGAAGUAGACGAAAAAAGUCGAGCCGCAAGAUGAAGCUGAAAAAGUCGUCCAAGUCUAGCAAGAAGAUCAGGGUCAGCUCAGGAAGCGAGAGCUCGGAUACAGAAUCGUCUAGCUCUGAGUCCUCAGAAGAGGAGACACGGCGCAGGCGGAGGAGGAAGAAGUCACGGAGAUCAAAGAGCAGCUCGUCGAUAACAGAGUCCGACGCAGAGUCAGAGGCUCCCGUUGAGGAUGCCGAAGCGAGCCCAGACGUUUCCGCGGUCACAUCAGAGCAGACUCUGGUAAACCUGGCGACUCAUCUUGGACUAGAUCAUAUGAUCCGCAGAACAUCCACGAGUCUCUCCGCUCCAGUCCCUCCGACAAGAUCGCGACGAUCACGAAAACACAAGAAAGACAAAAAGAAAAAGGCCAAAAAGGGCACGAUCUCAGAAUUCAAGCGUGUAAAUCAUGUUUGGGACAACAACAUCCAUUGUUGGAAGACGACAGAGGAGGUUGAAGAAAAUACUGACGAGUAUGACGAGUACGCAUUCUUAGUCAAGCGACUGCAUGAUUGGGACGGUCAUUACACCCGUACGACCGUGGAUGUCAAAUCCAAGCAGCUCAAAGAAGUCUUGAUGGAAGUCAUGAAAGAUGUGCAGGGCGAGACUCUGGAGGCUGAGCAGCCAAGCAUCGAUCCGAACAUGCUUUUCAAUUUCCUCGAAGAACUACGCACACAUUACAAGAAGACUCUUCGAUCCCGACUGAAAAAGGAGAAGCGGAAGAAAGCUCGGAAAAACCUCAAGCUCAUGGUCACCCACUGCAGGCUGUUGGUCAAAUAUCUAGACGAGGAUUAUGAAGAAACCAAGAAGACUCUCUAUCCACUGCUUGAAGCGGGUAAUAUCACCUUUGACCUUCUAUGGGCGUUGUUUAAACCGAAUACCCUCGCUUACACCAGUACUUACGGCGAUCAUGAUAAUCCUCGAUGCUUCAAGGUUGACCGUGCGAUAAAAGAGAGCUCAUUCAUCAAGGGUGAUUGGUACAGCAUCGAAGGCCGCUAUCUAGAGUACGAUGGCAAGAACUACGGUCUGGGUGAUUUUGAAGCGACAGUAGAAGCAUUCAAGGGUUCGCGCAAGAUUACCAGCUUGUCCGUCUACCCCCUCAAGUAUCACAAGGAUCCGGAAUCAAUCAAGAAGCAGCUUAUUGAACGCGGCAAACGCUUCGUCACCAUGACCGGCCAGAAUUACCGAAACUUCAAAGGCCUUGCUUUCCAGAAGAAGCGAAAGGGCGUCGCAAAGUUCAAUAUCAACGGCCGUAUCAUGAUUGAUCCUGCCACCUUUCGACGCAUCAACGCGAAUUAUCCGAUCUCGUUGAUAAAACCUAAAGAUGAUGAAGAUGAGGAGGAUGACGGCUCUGAUGGAGGUAGCUGUUGCGGCUGCGGUAGUGGGGAAGAGUCUGGUGAUGAAAUUGUGCAGCAAAUCGGCAAAAGGCAUGGGAGAGAUCGCAGCGGCGAUGAGAGCAGAGAGAGGACGAAGCUCAAGAUCAUUAAGGAUGGCAAGGGCAAGUACCACUUUGUCAACGUUCCGGUUGAUGAUGACGGUCAAGAAAUGCAUCAGGAGAACUUGGACAAGAUUGCCAGCGACAGCGAUCCUGAAGCUCGCAGCUUCACGGAGGAAGAGCUGCUGAUUGCUUCACCUGUUGUUCUGGGCUUCGCGUUCCAGGAGAAGACCUGGCUUGAAUUUAGUCUCUCGUCGGUCACAGAUAUCGAAUGGAAUGACGAGGCAUAUAGCUCCCUUGUCUUGCAAGAAGAGAAGAAGCAGGUUGUCAAGGCCUUGGUCAGCGCGCACAAGUUUCAUGGCAGCAAGACUAUCGAUGACGUGGUACAGGGCAAGGGUAAAGGUCUCGUCUUUGUCCUGCAUGGUCCACCUGGAGUAGGCAAAACUCUUACCGCAGAGGGGAUUGCAGAGGAUCUGCGUGCACCGCUCUACAUGGUUUCCAUGGGCGAACUCGCUAUGGACAGCAGCCGCCUUGAAUCGAUGCUCCAACAGAUCAUGGACAUCGCUCAUUCCUGGGGCGCCGUGCUUCUCCUCGAUGAAGCGGACGUUUUCUUGGAGAAGCGCCAAACACAGGACGUGCACCGUAACGCCUUGGUUUCGAUCUUCCUCCGUCUGCUCGAGUACUUCCAGGGCAUCCUGUUCCUGACAACGAAUCGUGUGGAGACCUUUGACGAGGCGUUCCAGAGCAGAAUCCAUGUCGCCCUGAAGUACGAAGAGCUCAGCUUCCAAGCCAGCAGGACAGUGUGGAAGGAAUUCAUCGAGAAGGUGCGGAUUAAGGAGGGCUUACAGGUCAUGCCGUUUAAGAAUGACGAUCUGGACUACCUCGCGAGAAAGAAACUCAAUGGUCGACAGAUCAAGAACCUGGUCCGAAUCGCCCAAGCACUUGCUCUACACGAGAAGACUGGAAUGGCCAUGUCACAUGUCAAACGCGUGCUCGACGUCGCCGAGAGCUUCAACAACGAUCUCAAGGGUGGCACCGGAUAUCUCGAUGCCAUGAGAAGCUACACCUAACGGACCACCUCUCAGCCCAACUUUACCACAUCUUAAAGCAAUCAGACCGACUUGUUACUAUUUUGCACCUUUCUUUCUACUAGUUGGCGCGUUCGUGUGCCACACGAAUUGGAUAUAUAUGUACGCGAGUUAGGGGUUUAAUUCCACACUCUUCAGACAGCAGUCACGGCCUACUCUUCUUGUUGUUUUGCUGUCGUUGUUUUGGUCUUUCGUUAGGUGCAGUCAGGGACUUUCCAGAAUGCAUACCGGCUGGAGGAUCACGGAAGCGACGGUGUCUGGAUGUGCAAUUCGGGGUAUAUGAUACAGGUAGAUCACCAGACAUUGGAGAUAAUAACCAAAUGGAAGAAAUUAUUCUCCU